AUGUCCCAGCCCGAAGUACACCGGCAGGUGCAACAGCGACAGAGAGCAGUCCAGGACGCCGAUGAACUGCGGCCGCGAGUGAUACGCGCACUGGGGCGCAUCGCCGAGGACUUCACUGCGGCCCUCGAGGCGGAGCCGCAACAGCGUGUCGAGAUCUACCUCUACCGCUACGCCAUCCAGUGA